AUGCCCUUGGGCCUUGACUCCAACGGGACCACGGGACAGAACAAGGACGCAGUACAGGCGGCUGCCAAUGGAACAGAACAAAAGCCACACAACAACAAGAAGAUACGCGGUGCGUCGAAGGAACUGCAGGGGCUGCUUGAGGACGCUAGCAAAUACUACCCUGCGUACGACUGCACUCUGCCGACAAGUUACUUGAAGAGUCAUGUACAAGAGUCUGCCGAGAAGGUAGAUGUGGAGGUCAAUAUGUACGAAGCCGUGAAGCAACCGGUAGAGCAGAAGCAAGAGCAAACAGAUGAUGUGAAACCAGUGAAGCGGACAAAACAUCGUAGAAGACACAAUGUAAAGCGGCGGGAUACGACUGGACACGACACAUCGGUAAAGGAAACAGAGCGGCCAAUGGAGGAAACAGUCCAGCCGAUGGAGGAAAUAGCUGAGCCUGAGAAGGGAACAGCAGAGCCCAUGGAGGAAACAUCCGAGUUCAUGGAAGAAACAGCCGAGUUCGCAGAUGAAACUAUCCAGUCUUCUCUGACAAGUCCAACAGCUUCAACGGAGCCGCAGAACGACACCACAGUCGACACUCCAGCGGGAACCCACGCGGGAACCCAUAGUCCGGAAUACACGCCUCUCAAGAAUUUCGUAGACUGGGAUGGGCCCAUGCUCAAACUGGAAUACAACCUGUUCGACAUAGAUUUCUUGAACUCGACGACAGAGUUCACAGGGGAGAUCACUCCAUCGGCACAACUCACCACGGCGGACAGGGAGCACCGCGCUAAGACACCCCCUAUUGCACGGAGCCGACACAACACGUACAACGCGCACACGGGGCAACGCAUACUGUUGCAGAGCAUUUUGUUCCCCAACUGCACAGAAGAAUACAUUGUGGACUUCAGCAAGAACUUUGACAAGUACGAUCCAAUGAGCGAGAUUGGGAAAGUCGUCGAGUACUCGGCGCUCGUGUUCCUGCCUCAAGACUACGCUCACGGACUUACACAGGACAUAAUUCCAAGACUCAACGACGCCUACGACAACGCGGACGAAACGGCAUUCAUACAAACUGUACACGACUACAACACGUUCAUCCGGCGCGUCCCGCGGCACAGGAUAACGCAGCAUCUCCGCGAACUGACACAGAUCCCACAGUCUUUCAUCCACGACUUCCUACACGUCGUGUACACAAGAAGCAUCCAUCCACAGGCAUUCAAACUCAAAAAAUACAAAGCAUUCAGCAACUACGUCUACGGCGAACUCCUACCGACAUUCCUCACAGACGUGUACCAACGGUGCAACCUUAACACAAACAGUGUCUUUCUCGACCUGGGUUCAGGGGUGGGCAAUUGCGUCAUACAGGCGGCCCUCGAACACGGAUGCAGAACGAGCGCCGGCUGUGAGAUCAUGGAGGACGCGUCCACGCUCACGGAACUACAAUACAAGGAACUCACGAACAGGUGCCACUUUAACGGGCUCAAUUUGAAACCCGUACAGUUUCUAUUGCGGCAGAGCUUCGUGGACAACGAAGCGGUCAUAACAUUACUUCGUGAUUGUGACGUCCUCCUUGUAAACAACUUCCUCUUUGACAGCAAGCUCAACAAAGUAGUCGAGACGCUACUCGAAAACGCAAAAGUAGGCUGUAAGAUCAUAUCGUUGAAGAACCUUCGCAGCUUCGGAUACACAAUCGACGCGAAUAACAUCGACGGCGUCCUCAACAGACUCAAAGUCCAAAAAUGCACGUUCAAAGAGGACAGUGUCUCCUGGACACACUCCGGCGGAGACUACUACAUAUCAACGGUCCAAAACUGCAUCGACGAAUCCUUGCUCCAGGCAACAAGCAGGUUCAGAAGAAGUAAAAGACCCGAAAGAUAUACAAGGUGA